AAAAAUAUGUCAAAUCAGUCGCAAUGAAUUUGACUCAGUGUACAAACGCCUCGGUGUGGAGCUUGAAGAAAAGGCCAAAAAUCCCCAUUGAUUGUGGUCAAACGUGAUGGUGGCUUCAACUAUGCCUCCACAGACUUGGCUGCUCUUUGGUAUCGGCUUAAUGUGGAGAGGGCAGAAUGGAUAGUAUAUGUAACAGACGUAGGUCAGAAGCAACACUUCCAUAAGUUUUUCAGAGCUGCUAGCAUGGCUGGCUGGCUCCCAGAUCGAAACGAAAAGAAGUACCCAAAAACGACACAUGUUGGCUUUGGCCUUGUUCUUGGGUUAGAUGGCAAGCGUUUCCGAACUCGUUGCUCUGAAGUAGUUCGACUGGUAGAUCUACUUGAUGAAGCUAGAUCUCGGUGCAAAGAAGAACUUACUAGACGCCUUACUGAAAAUGGUAAAAUUGCUGACUGGACAGAUGAUGAGCUGGACAUAACUUCGGAGGCUAUAGGACUGGGCGCUGUUAAGUAUGCAGAUCUUAAAAACAACCGGCUAACGGACUACAAAUUUAGUUUGGAGAAGAUGCUAAGUGACAAGGGAAAUACCGCUGUCUACCUUCAGUAUGCGCAUGCUCGUAUCUGUUCCAUCAUCCAGAAAGCCAACAAGGAUAUUGAAGAGUUGAAAACGAAGGCGUCCAUUACCUUUGUCCACGCUGAUGAGCGUGCCUUAGGAUUACAUGUAAUCCGGUUCCAAGAGGUUGUUGAGCAGGCCUGCGCCGAUCUGCUUCCACAUUACUUGUGCGACUACUUGUACAGCUUAUCUGAAGCAUUCUCAAAGUUCUACGCCAGCUGCCAGGUGGUUGGGUCACCUGAAGAAGCGAGCCGUCUGUUGCUUUGCCACGCGACGGCCGUCGUCAUGCGGCAGUGUUUCAACCUGCUGGGCAUCACACCAGUAUACAAGCUGUAAUACAUUACCUUGUUGCUGUUGUUGGUCUUGCAGCAUAGCCUCUCAACAAAAAGAAUUAGGAAGUUUAAUGAAAAAAUUAGGAAGUUUAAUAAUAAUAAAAAAGAAUGUAGAGCGUUCCCUCAAAAAUAAACCGCAAAGCUAGUUUACAAAUUACGUGCUACAUUGCUCGAUGUAAAUAUAAAUUUCUUUUUUCCUCUG